CUUCACAACUUGCUGUUCACCAUCUGCAUUGCUCUGAGGUGUGUGAUCAGUGCAGUAGGGGUGAUCCAUGUGCCUGGAUAUGUGGGGAGUAUGGUUAAAGUUUCCUGUUCCUAUGAUGAGGGUUACGAGUCUUAUGAGAAGUACCUGUGCAAGAACAACUGUGGCAGCAAUGAUGAUGUUCUUAUUACAACAUCAGAAUCAAGGAAAAACAAAUAUGUUAUUCAUGAUGACAAAACAGCACGAAUCUUCACAACGACCAUCUCUGAUCUUCAUUCUGCCGAUGCUGGGAUAUACUGGUGUGGGGUGACCAGAACUGGAAAAGAUAUCUACACUGAAGUCAAGCUUAAAUUAGUACAAGACAGGUGCUGUGACACUGUGACCAAAGUUCAAAGUUAUGAGGGAUACUCUGAGUCUGUCAGUUGUACAUAUGAGUCUCAGUACCAGAACAACCUGAAGUACAUCUGCAGAGGAAACCAGCCCUCCACAUGUCUGCAGCAGGCACUAAUCACCUCUGACAAAGAACAAAAUGGACGAUUCAGACUUGAUGAUGACAAAGUGUUAGGAACAUUCACAGUGACCAUUAACAGCUUGGUCAAAAGUGAUUCAGGAUCAUACCUCUGUGGUGUCCAAAGAAACUCGGACCUGGAUGUUUUCUCUGCUGUUGAGCUGAAAGUCAAAGUCUUUCAGCAGCACACCGGCAAUGGCGCUUCCACAGUGGAAACACCAGCACAAAUUUCAGAUGCAGGACAAUAUGUGGUUUACGCUGUGCCCCCUGUGCUGCUGGUACUUAUAUGUGUCCUUGUGCUUAUAGUUUAUAAGUGCAAACGUCAGAAAAUAAAAGGUAAUGAAGCUGUCAUGAACAGAAAUACAUCAAAGACAGGAGGUUUAGAGGAAGUAAUGGGUGCAGCAGAAAACAGCAUUUAUGGAAACGAUGAAGUUGUGAGGUAUUCAGAGAAGCAGACCUCCAAGAUUGCCUGUAAUGACUAUCAUGAUGCAGGUGAAGAUGAACCAGACUAUGAAAACUGCACACAAUCUGAAGAAAUCUACUGUAAUGAAGAUUUCCAUAAAGCCAAUAGAAGAUGAGAUUAAUUACAUCUGUGCAUACAUUCAAAAACAGAUUCAAAGUGUUUUGUUCACCAGGGCUUGCACUUAAUAAAUGUUCCUUUGUUUUUUAUUCUUUUGCUGUUUUCACUGCCUUAGUACAC